UGAUAGUUUUACAGUUCAAAGUAAGAAGUCCAGAUACUUUGGCCCUUUGGGAGCGCAGCUAUAAACCUUCUGUUCAACCAGCAAGUGCCUUCAGAAAAGAAAAUUGUUGAAAUUGCUGACCGCAGUUUUGCUUUUUCCCCCGUCAAAUCUGGCAACAGCGUGAAGACGGCGCCAAAUAGGAAGAAGCGGAUCCGAGGAGCCGGACGGUGUUCCGGUGUGAGACCGGUGGAGUUGAUGACGGUACCGUAACCGGAGUAGUUCUUGUUGAGCCAUGGACUCGCCUUCUAGGGAGAAGGAACCGGGAUCCGGCUGGACGAGAACGCAGAAGGAAAUUGUCUGUCUCUUUCCAGAUGAACAGCCACGCUGUGUGAGCGUGUGGCCGCGCACUGAGCCCUUCCUUCUGGGCCCCCUGCAGGUGGCACCGUCUUCCAAACUCAGCCUUCACUAUCUGCAAAGGAUGGCGAGCUAUGUGCGGACGCGGGGCGGCUGCUACCCCAUGCUGGGCUGGGCCAUGUGGAGGCAUAUCGCCUGUGGGAAGCUGCAGCUUCCAGAGGAUCUGGCCUGGCUGUACUUUGAGAUGUUUGACCUUCUUGCUGGCCACACCCCCAAGGAGCGGCUGGAGUGGGCCGAGUGUCUUUCUCAGUGUUCUUCCAAAAGCAAACGGGAUCAACAAAGGAACAAGUUAUCUGUGGACACACUGCAGUUCCUCCUCUUCCUCUUCAUCCAGCAGCUGAACCGGGUGUCGCUGCGCACUUCUCUGAUUGGUGAAGAGUGGCCCAGUCACUGGACGCGCUCACCCUCACCGUCAGACCGAGAGGCCAAGACCAGCUCCCAGAACAAGAACUGGGAUGACCAGGCCCACUUGUCAUUUGUUCAGAACCAUCUCGCUCAGAUGUUGGAGCUGCUGGUGGAGCCAAGUCAGCUGUCAGACUCUGGACAAGUCCUGCGAGACAGUCAGGUAUCUCUGGAGGCUGUAUGGAGUCUGGGCCUGCUCUUGGAGGGCUCAGUUUCUCAGUGUAGAGGUGUUCAGCCCAUCCACAAGCUGCUGACUAAAGGUCCGGUCCAGACCCAGGCUGGCUUUUCCGCACACAGCCGCUCCUUUACCUUCCAUAAACUUCUAUCCUGCCUCCAGCACAGCCUCAUCCUCAACCCCUUUGGAAUAACGGCAUGUCUGAGCUCAGGGAAAAAACUGGCCUGGGCACAACAAGUGGAGGGCACCAUGAAGAGAGCUAAGAUCAUCAGGAACACUCACAUCACACCACCUGGCAGUAAAAUGGUGCUGAUGUCACAGGUUGUCAAGCAAACACUGGCGAAAAGCUCCGACAAACUGACUGGAGCCAACAUCAAAAUCCACCGAUGCUCUGAAGCCUUCAUCUACCUGCUGUCCCCCCUCAGGUCCAUCAGCAUGGACAAGUGUCGUGACAGCACGGUGGUUCUGGGUCCUGUUGAGACAUUCGUCCACAUCCACAGCUGCCAGAAUGUGCGGGUGGUGUGUGUAGCGGGCCGUGUCACUGUCGGCGCAUCCUCGCACUGCACUGUCCACGCGUUGACACCCACACACCCUGUGCUCCUACCUGGAAACACUGGAAUCACUCUGGGACCCUUCCACACUUUCUACCCUUCGCUGGAGGACCACAUGGCCAGUGUGGGUCUGGCUGUGGUGCCCAAUGUCUGGGACCAGCCUUUGCUGUUGGGGUUAGAAGGUCUUAAUGCAUCAUCCAACCCAGACUCUGCCUGUUACCGUCUGCUCCCCCCCGCUGAGUGCCACGCUCUAGUUGUGCCUUUUCAGAUGGAGGGGGACACAUGUGAGGUACCAGGUGGACUUCCUCCGGCUUACCAGGUGGCACAAGAUGACAAGCAGAAGAGGAUCCAGAACUGGCAGAAGACUGUGAUGAAGGCCAAGCUGAACAAGGAGCAGCGGAAUCAGUUCCAGGACUUGGUCCAGGAAAAAUUCCAUGAGUGGCUUCUGGAAACUGGGCACAGAGGAGAACUAGACAGCCUGUUCUCACUGACCGUAACCUCUGUGAAGGGUUCCAACAGGCCCGCUGCAGACUGCACAAGUUCAAGAGCCUUUGUGAAAACUUCCAACGGGCCCACUGCAGACUCUUCCCUGAGUUGAAGAACCUUUGUGGAGUUCCAGUGGACCAGUUGUCCAGGGUCCAGACAGACGUCCAGUCCAGGGUCGACACAAACACAUUCACACCUUUGAAGCCGGAGCGCCCGGAGCGGACCCACGCAAACAUGGGGAGAAGGUACAAACUUCACACAGAAAACCACCUGAGUGGCAAAAACGUUUCAGUCCAGUCACCUCGAUGAAACAUCCAGAAGCUUCAUGAAUCACUGCUUCAGCAUCUGUGCCAGCGCUCAGACUUUAAAACACGGCUCAUGGAUGAAACGUUAAAGGAACGUAAAGUUUGCUUUAGCUCACUGAAACCUUGUGAAUUAAAAACAAUAAAAGUAU